GCUUCAGAAAGUGCUUCCCCGAUUUUCCUCGUCAAAGGAUUACGCGUGGUGGCCGGAACCUUCCGUUUCGCGAGACAAUCCCUGGUAUGCGUAGUACGGGCGUAGGGCUCGUUCCGGGACUAGUGAAGGGAUCAAAGGAGGGUCGUCUGACCGCUCUUGAGCGGUUCAAGGGCCGGUGAACACGAAAGGGCGAGCAAUCACCUUGCCGACGACCAACAACCCUCCCGUCCGUCACUGUCGACGAACAACAGAACAGAUGUCCUGACAGUGGGCCCCGGGCCACCAGGAUGCCGACAGACGACGACUAUGGCCGAAGAGAUCGUCUCCUGUUGCACCAGCACCCGAUCGCACAAUACGGAUCCUCAUCAUCCCCGCUUCCCGGAUCGAGCACACCGAGUUCCAGCGGCGUGGGGACUCAGAUUGGUUCCAACAAUCUCGGUGAUUGCUUUAAGCAGCAAAUACAGCAACAAUCGUCCGACUUGCGUUCGGUCACGAGUACAGCAAGCCAAUCGGGUCAAGAACGUCACCAGUCGGACCAACAGACCCAAAGCAACGAGCAUGUCGGGGCCCGAAUGGUUGAUCGACACGAGAAAUCCGUGGAGAAGCCUACAAUUGAUUUCUCCAAGUGCGGAGAGAGUCGUCCGUCGAGUUGUGAACGCUUUGGGCAUUAUCAGACCCAAAGCGGCGAGCAUGUGGGAGGAUGGAUGGGGGUUGAGCGGCACGAGAAGACCGUGGAUAAGUCUUGUAUCGAUUACUCAAAGUGUGGAGAGGAUCGUCAGCCGAGUUGUGAACGUUUCGGACAUUAUCAGGCUCAAAGUGGCGAACACGUGGGGAGUCGAAUGGGGGGCGAGAGGCACGAGAAAUCAUCUGAUAAAUUGUCGGUCGAUUUUACCAAGUGCACCGCCGAUGGUCGACAGUCGAGUUGCGAACGUUUCGGGCAUUAUCAGACUUCGACAUUUGGUCAGUCCUCGUUGCAGGGACACUAUGGCGGUGCACACGCAAGUGCUGAUCGUUUCACGCGAUUCAACGACGUCAGCACGUUGCACGGCGAACAACGGGCCUCGAACGAUCGUUACUCGGUCUGCAACCCGGAGUUGCGCUUUGACACGACAAGCACGACCGGGUCCAGCGAGUAUGCGAACACGAAUGUGCUCACGAGCUCUUUCGUUUCGGAGACGUUCCCAUCGCCGCCGUCGCCAGCACCGGCGAACGACCGCUUCGUCCCACCACCGCCAUUGUCACCCAGUCCGAGCGAGAAGUACGCCUCGAGCCAGAGCUUGGCUGGUUACCCUUCUGCUGAUCGCAUUUUGCCCCCCAAUUCUCCGGGGCCCAAGUAUGGUGCCGACAAUGCCGCUACAGCAUCGUCGAUGCCCGCCAAGGAGCGCUUUGCUUCCGCCGAACGGCUGCUGGCCAAUCAGCAGUCAGAUACAGGCGACGCUAAGGAUCAACAACGCUACGCUGGACCACCUGAUCGCCUGCUCUCGGGAUCCUCUCCGAUCCUGGGAGGACUUCAGGCUGGACUCCAGGGCAGCGCGGUCUACGCUAAAGAUACUCGCUACGCCGCCAUUUCCGCUGAUAGGAUAUUAUCCUCUUCGCCAAUACACGCUCCGGUGCCUGAAAGAUUCGUUGACAAGUCGGAAAGGUAUUUGGGUGAGUCACCCAUUCACGAUAGGUAUCCACGACAAGACCCACCAGCACAUCAUGAGCGGUAUUCGGCGAUGGCGACGGCCACUGAGAGGUUCCUCUCGAAUUCGCCUAAUCCUGAGAGCGCGCAUCAGCGCUAUUCAUCGUCAGACCGCUCAUCACUUCAGACUUCCUCGGGUAAUACCGAGCAAAAUCGACGCCUCUACACCGACAGAGGAGUCGAGACGGUUUGCCAGAAGUAUACUGAUCGGUCUAUCGGCUCUCCAGCGUCCGCUGACUUCGGUCGAUACUCAGGUUUCUCGGAAGUCGGCAGUCAGACGCGAUACGUGUCCAGCAACGAUCGUUUUAACGACCUCGCUCUACAGCGUUGCAGUCAAUCGCGAUCGAUUGAUAGGUUCUCCAGUGAUCGAUACCUGGCUGGAUCAUCACCCGCACACGACGGCAGGCUAUCCAAUGUCGAGACGCCGCGCUACAUCGUCUCCUCUACUGAACGUCUGUUGGCACCGACAUCUUCUUCGUCGUCCUCCUCGUCAGAGACUGAUAAGUGCUCCAGGUAUCAUUCGCCCUAUACAACGACCACCGGCACUCAAUCUUCGGCCUCCAAUGAGCGCUUUGCGUCAAUCUCGCCAACGUCGGAAGCGUCGAACGUCCACCGCAGCGGCAAUGGCGGUUAUCAGAAUACGAAGAGUACCGUUGACAAAUAUUUGGUCUCGAAGUCGGUUCAGAGCAACUAUGAUCGCUACUCGGUCGGCAGUCAGAAUGAUCACCAGUUCGGCCAAGACCGAUACUUUACUACAGGCAGUAGUGGCGACCGAUUUCAGACUUCUCCCGGAACUGACCGUUUUCACACUCCUGCUGAUCGCUAUUCGCCAGCACGCAGCGUCACGGACAAGUACCUGUCCCUGCCGAAGCCUAAGGACAGGUUCACCGGCCGCAUAACACCCAUAUCUUGUACCACCUCCGUCGCGACGUCCUCCACCGAUCGCACUUACUGCUCAUCUAACGUGAGCUAUGUACCCCCAACUGCGCACACCCCAGUUGAACGAUACGUGCCCCAACCGCCUCCCGAAGUGCUCUAUCCGGAUAGAUAUGUAGAUAGAUACGUGCCGCCUGCAGCGCACACACCAACCGAUCGAUAUGUACCCGCGAGCGAUCCAGGGGAUCCAUACAUGCGUCGCGACCUUGGCUUUCAUCACCAUUAUCGGCUACCGCCACCCACCGGUUAUCCGUAUCAGACGCAUUUCCGGUUCCGUGGAUUUGCAUACGCGACGUCCAGUCGACUGGGCGGCAGUCCUGGGUCCAGCAGCUCCAGCAGCACAACGUCUAAUCAGCGCGAGACGUUCGCCACGUCGCCAUUGUUGAGACCCAAAGUGCGUGCUUCCGCAGUCGAAUUUGGUGCAGCUACAGGUGCUGCCGGCACCGUCGGCACCGCCGGUACUGCGACGACCACAACAACCGCCAACAUCGGUGUUGGCCGUCACGUGUGCACGAAUCCAACCGCCUGUUGCGGAGACGUAUCCACCAACGGCAGAGCCUGCUGCCAGAUGAGGAGGUCUUUGCCACCUGGAACACUACCGGCGAUACCUACGCAGACUUCUUCAUGGCAACCAUCACCGAGUUCCGGCACGACCGGCACCUCGACGAUAUCGUCGACGACCGGCGAAGGAGACACAGUACAGAGUAUCGGAAUGUACCCGGUAAGCGUCGCGACAUCGUCAGCCGUGACGACGGCGACGCCGGUGACGACGGCGUCGGCGACCGUGCCGCUGGCCACUUCUGGCGUCGCCGCUGUAAGUUCUGGCAUCGCCAGGAGCGUUUCCGCGCCAAAUGCACCGCGGCCGAUCGUCCAGAUUAGCAAUUCUUCGGUGAGUGCCUCGGCAGCGCAACGACCAAGGCUAAAAAGGAAUCAAAGCCGCACUGAGGCCAUCCGGAACUAUAUUAGACGCGAAACAGCGCAGUUCUUCGGGGUUGAUGAGGAAUCGGAAGCCUCGGAGAAGCAGAGAUGGCUGGAUCGACGACGACGUAUGGCGUCGAGGAAGUACGGUGCACUCGUACCGGAACACAGGCCGCCAGAUCCGGACAUCACCCGAGACGUACCGGAUACUACCGAGACACCGGAAGGUGUCACUCUCAGACGAUGGCAACAACCAGUACGGAGGAAAGAUUCUGUAGCGAGAAUGACGCUGUCAGGUCUUCAUUACAUCGUCGAGCACGUGUGUUCUCAGUCGUUGACAAGGCAGCGUCCUCGCGAGCGCUCCCAAUCACGUCCGGAAUCACGCAGCUUCCCGCCGAGCACGAUCGCAUAUCUGUCGAGGACAGAUCCCGAGGACAGGCCUGACAGCGGCCAGGACGAAGACGAGUCCUUCUUUGAGAGGCCCCCGCCGCCACCACCACCCCUUCCGCUUCCGCCGUCAUCUCAACAAUCGCAGACGCAAAUCGAUCAGACUCCCAGCGGAUUGGUCAAGGAUGAAGAGAUCGGCGUUAAGAUAAUAAAUAUUCUCGACACUACGCAGGAUCGCGAGGGGAUUAGUACCGAGGAGUUAGUUGGGUUCGCACAGCAAAAGGAUGACAGGACGACAAUCGACGGACAAGCCAGGCGACCCCGUUCGAUCACGAGGGACCACUAUAUUUCCAGAAAAACAAGUUGGAGCAGGUCGAAGUACGACGCGCCUCCGGCGGAGGGUACAAGAGUGCCACAAGAGGAGGGGGUGACUCUUCGCAGCCGGGAGAUAGCCGGGGCCACGAGGAUCUCCCGUAGCACGAUCGAUCGUGUCUUUGACAACAGUAAUCGACGGCGAUACGGGAUGGGCAUUGUCGGUCGCUUCUUUGGGUAA